UUGCACUUUCUUUCUUGCCAAACACAAAACAGAACAAAACCUAACUUCAGAUUUUCCUGAGAAAAUCCUAAAGUUUCUCAUGGAUGAAACGUUCUUGUUAAUGCUAUCAAACCUCCUUCACCUUCACAACUCUCUUGAUCCCUCCAUCUCUCUUCUCUCUCCGUCUUCCUCCUCCCCUCCGCCCGCUUCUUCCCCUUCUCCGUCGUCUCCUUCCGCUAUCCUCUCAUCCUCCUCCCCGGCGCCACUCAUCUUCUUCACCCUCGCUUCUGUUCUCUCCUUCCUCGCUUCCUCUUCCUCCUUGAAGAAGAAAGAUUCUAAUAAUUCCUCGAAUUCCCCCACUUCCCCAUCCCCUUCUUCCUCGCACUUUUCAGUUUCUGCCUUUCGUGCCCUCUCCACUGAUCACAUCUGGUCCCUUGACGCCCCCGUCCGUGAUGCCCAAUGGCGGUCCUUGUACGGACUAUCUUACCCAGUUUUUACAACCGUUGUUGACAAGCUGAAGCCGUUCAUAGCCGCUUCCAAUCUCUCCCUUCCUUCCGAUUAUGCCGUCGCCUUGGUUCUUUCACGGCUUUGCCAUGGAUAUUCUGCUAAAGCUAUCGCCUCCCGAUCCUCCCUCGACCCCUACCUCAUCUCCAAGAUCACCAAUAUGGUUACCCGGCUCUUGGCUACUAAACUCUACCCCGAAUUUAUUAAGAUCCCUGUGUCUCGUAGAAGAAUGAUUGAGACUACGCAGGGUUUCGAGGAGCUAACGUCGCUGCCCAACAUUUGUGGAGCAAUUGAUGGGAGCCCCAUCAAGGUCCGUGGACUGAAUCUUGACAGGAAUUCGAUGAAUAUCUACAAAUGCAAAUAUGGGUAUGAUUCUGUUUUGCUUCAGGUUGUUGCUGACCAUAGGAAGAUCUUCUGGGAUGUGUGUGUGAAGGCGCCUGGUGGGGCAGAUGAUGCUUCACAUUUUAGGGAUAGUUUGUUGUACAAUAGGCUUAUUUCAGGGGAUAUUGUGUGGGAUAAGGUGGUCAAUGUGAGGGGUCACCAUGUGCGGCCUUACAUUGUUGGGGAUUGGUGCUAUCCUUUACUGUCAUUUUUGAUGACACCCUUUUCGCCAGAUGGGGCUGGUACACCGGCACAAAACUUGUUUGAUGGGAUGCUGAUGAAGGGUAGGUCUGUUGUGGUGGAUGCAAUUGGGUUACUUAAAGCGAGGUGGAAGAUUCUUCAGGACUUGAAUGUGGGUCUCAACCAUGCACCACAAACCAUUGUUGCUUGCUGCGUGUUGCAUAAUCUGUGUCAGAUUGCGAGGGAGCCAGAACCAGAGCCUUGGAAGGAUCCAGAUGAGAGUGGCCCUCCUGCAAGAGUGCUUGAGAGUGAGAAGCAGUUUUAUUAUUUUGGGGAGAGCUUGAGGCAGACAUUGGCUGAUGACUUGCACCAAAGACUUUCAUCAAGAUAGAAGAUGUGCAUCUGGAAAGAGGUUUACUUUUGAUUUUUAACCUUGUUUUCUCUGUAAGAACGUAUCUUUAAGUGGUUCUAACUUGGAUGAAUGAAUGUGAUUUCCGUUAUUGUUUUUUUACCGAUUGUAAUGAGUGACACAGGUCAAUGUUGUGCAAAAGUAAAGUUCGUAGGUAGUGAUUUAAUUUUGGUAGCAAACUAUCAUAGCAUUGGAAUUUGGCUGUAGAUGUUGAGUUCAAGAGUUUGGUGGUGCACAAUAUUAGUCUUCGGGCUCUGAUUUGUUUAGAUUAGGUUGACUGUUUUCCUUGUUUUCCCUUGGAUGAAACAUGAAGUUAUGGUUUCCACAAAUAAGUUAUUGAUGCAUAA